AUGGCUUUUAAAGCUAUGCUCUUCCUGUUGGCCUCUUUCCUUUUAGUUACUGCUAGGGUUUCGUCAAAAGAGGAAGAAGAAUUCCUAAUGGAGGACUUCCAAAUAUGCUGUCAUGUUUGUGCAUUGUCACAUUGUGCAUGUUUUGAAGAAACAGGGCUGUUCAAUCAGGCUGCUUAUGCUAAAGUCCCAGUACCUGCUCCAGCUCAUAUUCCGGUAAAGGCACCACCUCCUGCUCAUGUCCCAAUUAAAGCACCACCUGCUUCUCCUCCAGUCAAGGCACCAGCUCCUCCAGUUAAGCCCCCGGUUUCUUCUCCUCCAGUCAAGGAACCAGCUCCUCCAGUUAAGCCCCCGGUUUCUUCCCCUCCAGUUAAGCCGCCACCAAAAACAACAGCAGAUUGCAUCCCCUUAUGUAAAGAAAGGUGCGGUGCACAUUCAAGGAAGAGACGAUGCUUGAGGGCAUGUGUGACGUGCUGUGAUCGAUGCAAAUGUGUUCCACCAGGAACAUAUGGUAACAGAGAGAAGUGCGGCAAGUGCUACACGGAUAUGACCACCACCGGUGGCAAACUGAAGUGCCCAUGA